GCGGAAGUAAAUAUGGAAACAUGUUGAAAACUGGAAAACAGCUUUUUGCUAUCUUUCAAAAGUCACUUUGUCUUCAAUAAAUUCCAUGUCGCUAGUCAAUGGCCCCGUGAGCCGUUUACGUACUUAUAUCCGUUGCCUACAACCGACUCCCUUCUUCCGCAAUCGAUCUCUAGGAACCACUCACUCAGGCCCGCGCAUCGCAUCAGUAACCCACAGCGCUGCCGCAAUGUCGGCCACGACAAUAAUACCAGGGGCAAAAAAGCCGAUGCCUUCAGCGCUAACCUUUAAUCUCGCAGCGAAAUGUUCCACCACAAAAGCCCGCGCUAGCACCCUCCACCUCCCCCAUGGCCCUGUUCAGCUCCCAAUAUUCAUGCCCGUGGCUACGCAAGCUUCGUUGAAGGGUUUGACACCGGAUCAGCUCGCUCAGACCGGAUGCAAGCUAUGUCUAAAUAAUACCUACCAUUUGGGUUUGAAACCUGGACAGACCGUGCUAGAUGAAGUCGGGGGAGCGCAUGCGUUCCAAGGGUGGAAUGGGAAUAUUUUAACAGAUAGUGGCGGGUUUCAGAUGGUUUCGCUGCUGAAGCUGGCGCAGGUUACAGAGGACGGAGUACGGUUUUUGAGUCCGCACGAUGGUACCCCUAUGCUUCUUACUCCAGAACACUCAAUUUCGCUGCAAAAUUCUAUCGGUUCAGACAUAAUUAUGCAGCUCGAUGAUGUGAUAGCCACCACAUCCCCCGAUCACGCGAGAAUAAAAGAGGCAAUGGAGCGGUCCGUGCGCUGGCUCGAUCGAUGUAUUCAUGCACAUAAAUAUCCUGAGAGACAAAAUCUAUUCUGCAUUAUCCAGGGCGGAUUGGAUCUGGAGCUGCGAAAGGAAUGUUGCAAGCAAAUGGUUGAGAGAGAUACUCCAGGGAUUGCUAUUGGCGGGCUUUCUGGUGGCGAGGCGAAGGAUGAAUUUUGCAAAGUAGUAAAUACUUGUACUGGCCUACUACCCGAGAAAAAGCCACGAUAUGUCAUGGGUGUAGGAUAUCCAGAAGAUCUCGUUGUUGCCGUUGCCCUCGGAGCGGAUAUGUUUGACUGCGUGUGGCCGACGAGAACAGCUCGUUUCGGAAAUGCAGUUACUUCGUUUGGCACCUUGAACCUCCGAAAUGCGUCAUAUGCGAACGACUUCCGGCCGAUUGAAGAGGGCUGUCAAUGCGCGUGUUGUCGAUCCAAGGCAGACGGGGGGCUUGAGAUUACGAGAGCCUACAUCCAUCAUCUCGCCGCCAAAGAAACGGUUGGGGCGCAUUUACUUACAAUGCACAAUGUUCACUACAUGCUUGCAAUGAUGGGUUCCCUUAGAGAGUCGAUUAUUCAAGAUAGAUUCCCCGACUUCCUUCGCGAAUUUUUCAAAAAUAUGUACGGCGACCACUCGAAGAUACCCCAAUGGGCGAUUACAGCUCUACAAGGAGUUGGCGUAGAUUUGCUGGUUGAUUAGAAUUGGUUCAUUUGGAUUCAGAGUUAAUAGCACUAUCAUGAUGGGUGGGUGCAUUGGGACGGCGUUUUAGAAGACUCCCUUACUAGUACUGUACAUAGCUCCGCGAUUUGAUCUAAUACUACCUAACUAGCAAUUAUCUGUAUAAUUUUAACCGCAUUGAAUGCGGUGCGUGAAUAGAAACAAUUCAGAAAGAAAAGACAUCACGUGGUUUUCGCGACGC